ACACCGGUCCGGGCAGGAAGUGGAAUCCACGUGUCCUAGAAUAGCACAGAGCUGCAGAGCACUGGAAAAGCUAACAAAUUCUCACUAGGAACUAUCAUAAGUUGUUUGAUUUGUACUAGAAGUUCUCAGUGGUGUUGGACAAAAUGUCGUCUUUCAGGAAAGCGUUGAAAUCCCGACAAAAAAACCACCAUGAAAGAUCUCAGCCCGGAUUUCGAAAACAUCUGGGAUUAUUGGAGAAAAAGAAAGACUACAAACUUAGAGCAGAUGACUAUCACAAGAAGCAAAACACACUUGCUGCUUUGCGAAAGAAAGCACUGGACAAGAAUCCCGAUGAGUUCUACUUCAAAAUGAUAAAUUCUCAGCUGAAGGAUGGAGUACACGUAGCAAAGAAAUCCACUGACGAAGAGAUGACAGAGGAACAGAAGAAGAUGAUGCGGACACAGGACAUCAAAUACAUAGAAAUGAAGAGAGUUGCAGAAGCUAAGAAAAUUGAGAGGUUAAAAGGAGAGCUUCAUCUUCUAGACACAGACAACAAACCAAAAAACAAGCACAUAUUCUUUGUGGAUUCUAAAAAAAAAGUUCAGUCAUUUGAUUUGGCGACUCACCUCAACACUAUGCCUGAGCUGGUGGACAGAGUGUUCAACAGGCCAACUAUAGAUACGUUGAAAACAAAGAGCAUCCAAGGAGCUGUAGAUCCUCAAAGUGUUGAGAAACUAAGUAAGCAGCGUAGACACCAGUAUAAAAUCCUUGGCCAGAGGAUAGACAGGGAAAAGAAGAUGUUUGUCAUUAGUGAAAAAAUUCAGACCAGAAAAGAUUUGCAGGAUAAAAGAAGGAAGAUUAAGGUAAAGAAUGAGACCAAAAAUUCUGCAGCUGUCUACAAAUUUCAAGCAAAGAGGCAGCGCUGACCAAAAAGACUUUCACUGGCAGUUUCCAUGCAAUGUUUGAAUCAACCAAUAGUUUUAUGCCAUUGUAUAUUUAUUAAUCUUGUUUUCUUGAAAUAAAAAUACCUGAAUUUCC